AUCCUUGUUUUGACCACGUGUUUGAAUCUUUAAUUUGUUCAUAGUGAGUCAUCCAUAUAGACCUUUAAUUCCUAAUCACAGUAUUCUAAAUCAAUACUAAAUUGUUGUAUGGAGUCGCAAAACUGUUUAAAUUUUACUGUUAAUUAUACUCAUUAUUUUUCACUGCACUUGUUUCAUAUUAAAAGCUUAAAUGCAAGCAAGUAUUCAAAUAAGGAGAAAAGACCAGGUGCUAACAAACUUAAUGUUGUAGGAUCUUAGGAAGAACACAGGUAGUAGGGAGUGAGAAAUAGUUCCUCCUUGUUGUCUUUCAUUUUCACACAAAUAAAUUUGUGCAGUGUCAUCCUCCCUUUUUCAAAUUAGAGCUGGUUGAAAUAUGUCAAAAUUUUCUAGUGAAUAUCUAAUGAAUAAUGCCCCCUCACUAAAUAAAUCAAUAGAAAAUCCAGUACUUGGAUGUGAAUAGUGACAGUGCAAAACUGCUGUUUGGAAACUUUGUUGAGAAUGUAAAUUGUGCUACUUCUCCUUGAAAUAUAUUUUCUGAAUUUCUUCCUUUGCUAUUCAAGCUAUGAAUGGAAAUUCAACCAAAUUGGCCAGCUCUAGCAGAGUUUGCUGAAGUGCUUUUAGGAAAUCACUGGUAUGUUUGUAUCCUUUGUUUGAGGCUGCUAUCCCUACAGCAAAUUUGUAAACAAGUGACUGAACAUCAACUGGUGAGGCUGAGUUUGUGUUAAUGUGUUGCAUUUUGCCUAUCAGUACUUCAAGGGAGGAACACAUGUUCCCUUGCUGAAAUAUUGGAAAACCACAAUACAGCAAUAAGCAGAGGUAAAAUGAUAGCCAGAGAUAUCUACCCAUGUCCUAUAGGGAGCCUGAAAUGCCUGCUAUGAGGUAAGCUGCCUUCUACCAUGUUCUGUUCAUGAGCAACCUUGUUUUCCACAGUUAAUCCAGAACUUCAGAGUGUUUGUGCAAUCCUUAAAUCCAGAGGCUGUUGCACAUUCAACAAGAUCUUUGCCAUCCUCCUUAUGGGCAUGGUCCAGAACUGUGAAGUGGUAUAGAAAGUCUCAAAACAACUGUCAUGAACUCCAGGUUCUGAUCAUUUCAAGGAAAACUGUUCACAUUAAGUGCACAUGUGCCUUCCUUUGUCUUAAUGAAAUUUGUGCUGCCUGGGCUGUCAUAAAACUGGCUGGAACAGCCUUAUGCUAUGAUUAGACCCAUAUGUCUCAAUAAGAGGCUUUGCAUAUAGCACUUCUGAAAGCAAUACUCUUGGUUUAUUAUUAAAUUGAAAAAUCUUUCCUGGAAAAUUCCAAUCUGGUGGGAAGCUGUCUAAGCUGUGCUUUGCACAGAGGAAGUUCUGUGGAAUUGUGAAGGUGAUGGCUUUGCUUCUGCUCAGCUGCCACCCCAAGCCCCAGCAGCUGAAGAAACUUGCCUCUGGUCUACCUACUGUACAAUGGAAGACUACCACUCACCACUGUGCUCCUAACUCCCCGAAAGUGGAGUCACAUGGAUCUGGUUAAACAAACUUUGUUUGUAAGUACAUGGUUGGAGAUGCUGGCUUAGCAUCUGCAUGUAAAUCUGAUUUGUUGGACAGAACAAAGAAUGAUCGACUUCAUGAGAUACAAGGAUUCUAGUUCUAGUCGAGCAAAAUAACAAACGCUGAGUUCGGAUUACAAUGUAUAAAAAAGGGAAAUGAAGGGGUGAGAGGACACCUACUGAGUGGGAUGGCUGAUAGGUAAAUUAUAGAAGAAUGCGAACGCCGAGUACUUCAGCCAGCAGCAUAGUGAAGGCAAAUGGAUCAGACUGAGGAUGGUAUGCUGCCAGAAAAUAUGGAUCAGAAGAAGUCAUCCUCUGUGGGCUGGAAAGUGUCAGAGUUGUUGUUAUCUUUCACAAAUACCAAAAAUGAGUGGCAAAAUUACCUUUCACUUCUGGAGCAAACACACAUUUCUCUCUUCCAUACCAUACAGUCAGCAGCAAGAUCUAAUGACUGGGAUGCUGCAGCAUGUAGCAAAUGCAGCUAUCUUUGUAAGAAGUCUAUUAGUAGUAGUUGUUCACAAAUAGGUAUUGCAAAGGAAAAUGCUGAGUCAUUAAGAAUAGGAAUGAGAAGUGCAGACAGCUCCAUAUCUGAAGAUGUCAGACAGCUGUCUAAAUCAAAGCCAAAAGUACCUGUUUCUGGAGGACGCAAAAAAUACUAUUCUAGUGACUCACUGCAAAAACAUAUUCUCCCUUACGUGUUUUUGAUCAAAAAUUGCCUUUCUAUGCCACUUUCUUUGAUCCAAGACAAAUGUUUCAGUGGAGAGAUAUUAUGCAAAAUACAGUAUUUAAGGAAAGAGAAAAGGAGCAUGCCAACAUCAGAGACUCCUGUUUCCAAAUUACAUGCUUCUGAAGAGCCAGAAAUACCAUAUGUCAUCUUCCAUAACCUGAGGGAACUGCAAUGGAAACUGUAUAAAGGCAUGGUGAAGAGGAAGGAAUCCAGCCGAAUUUUUUUGAGAGAAGCAAAUUACGGAAGUUCUACAAUACUAAAUGGAACAGCUGUGAAGACACACUACAACCUCCCUUUGAUUUUUAAAGAUUCAGUAAUUUUGUCAGUUUAUCCUGCAUAUCCUGUUCUACGUCUUGAAUUUAAAAGGGAAUAACUGCAGCUCAGAAGAGGAAGCGAAUAAAACUGCAAGUGCCUUAGGCAAUUAAAAAAUUAUCAUUAUUUUUAGUGAUUCUUCAGUCUGUAGCAGUAGCUUGAAUUUGAGCCUGAAGCAUAACAUUCUCACACUAUACAAACACAACAUGAUAAGCUGACUUUUCUCCCCAAAGAUUUCAUUUCUUCAUGAAAGUGGUACAGGAUAUAAAUGUCAGUCUUCAUGAAAACAAAGUUCACUUAUUUCUCUGCCUGUCCUGGGACAUAAUAAGUAGCUGCUUAUGUAAAACAUAAUGUCUUUUCCCGUAAACUGUAAUUCUCAGUCUAGGGAGUCUGGCUCAGUUCUCUAAGACACCCCAGUCAGGAUGUUCCCAGGAAUAGGCACAUUCUAGGUAAAUCAGCCCACUUACCUUACUGUCAGAGUAAGGCAGUACCUUACUCUGCCCUGCCCAGAGUAAGGAACUCAGAUCUAUCCUUUCUUUCUCUGCCUUUUA